GUUAUAAAACUCCCGCGAGGUUUACACCUUGUCCACAUUAACACCUAACCAUGUUGAUGAAAAUUGCUAUCAUCGGCACUCUACUGUUCCUAGCUUCGGUGUGUGAAGCCCGGCGGAGCCGAACCAGAUCCAGAACAAAAUCCAAGGUACAAAUUGGACUGCCUAUCACCGGUAAAUACAGAGACCCUGAAUCCGACCAGUACUACAAUAAUAAUGAUGGCGCGAAAAUACUACUGGCUUCCCACUUUGACCUUGAGUACGUUUUGGGGCACAAAAUUGCCUUCCUCUGCACCGCAAAAGGAUCUCCACGCCCUCAUAUCACUUGGUUCAAAGACGGAACUGAAAUAUUCGCACAUCAUUACUUGCACAUUCACGAAUGGCUUAUCGGUGAGGACCGCGUAAAGUCCAAGAUCGAAAUUGACCCCGCCACCCAAAUGGAUGCAGGGGUGUAUGAAUGCACAGCCGAUAAUAUGUACUCGAUUGAUCGGCGUUCUUUCAAGACCGAUUUCUCUAUUGCAUUUGAUUAACUUCAUGAUAUAUUAUUCAAUCCCUUUAGUUUGUAAAAUAUAGAAUACAUAGAGCUGUAGACAGUU